ACUAUUCCAAUGGAUGGCCCAUACAAUGAUCGUGAGAUAGAUUCUGAAGUGUGUUUGAAGACACUUCCACAAGGCAAAAUAUACCAUGUAUUCAUCUCUUAUCGAGACAUAGAUGAGGAUAGAGAAUGGGUGAAUAACCUCAUAGAAAAGCUAGAAAAUCUUCACCAACUCAAAUGCUGCAAUCAUGUACAUGAUUUUAAACCUGGUCGGAAGAUUGUUGAAAACAUAAAAGAUGCUGUUCUCAAAUCUGUAAAGACGUUGAUAAUAUUGUCAAAAGAAUAUAAUGACAGUCAUUGGUGCACAUUUGAAGUAGAAUACACUCAUCAGAUGAGUAUGGAAAUGAGAGAACAAAUUUUGAUACCAGUUUUAAAAGAAGACUGUGAAAUUCCUGAUCAUUUAAAACCAUUCACCUACAUAGAUGCCAGAGGUCCGAUUGGAAGUUGGCUACCAAGACUUGUAACUGCUAUUGAUUCACCAGUGAACUGCUGGUUGGAAUCAGAAUUUUCACAAGAAGAUUUGCAUACAUGUUACCGAAAUUUUGACAUAGUUCAUGAAGAAAGAAGUAAAAUUGGCUGGUGUCGAGAAUUACCAUUCAAAUCAUGGCGACAUGUACCUGAUACAUUAAACGACAAACCUUUCAAACUGGAUUACUCGUUAUACAAAGAUGUGCUGCAAGUCAUUUCUAAGGCAUCGUUUUUCAAAUGUCGGCAAUGCUUGUUCCCCUGGAUUCCAACAGUUUUCUGUGGAAUUCUACUAUAUAGCUGGGGAAUUACAUCUUUAAUCGUUGCCUGUGAUCAAUAUGUUAACUACAAAAACCGUCAAUCCGAUACAAAUGAUAUGGAGGAGGUUCGAGCAAACACAAACAACAUGUCUGAAUAUGAUGAGAAUGAUAAUGAAGUUGCUAGUGAUAUUGGAAUGAUAGUAUUUUCUGGCUUGCUAAUUGUUAGUUUAUGUGUUUGGUUUUUUGGAUGUUUUGUACACAGAGUUACGAAAAGGACAUUAAUGACUAGGGCACUAAUGAUUGCAAAUCACAGGCUACUUGACCACAAUUUGUUGAUUGGAUUCAAGGAUUAUAUAUGUUCUGCUACAGUCAAAGUGAUAUUUAUUUACUUCAAUUGCCGACCCUGUCUGAAUUACAUGGAACAGUGUUUCCUAAAAGACCAUUUUGACACUGGUAAAUGUGAUGGUGAACGCUGUGUUCAAAAUGAAACAUCACCUAAGAGCUUAGUUAACGAUUCUGGCGACGAAGAAAUUUCUCUUUUAGAGAACGAAGAAAAUUCUCUUUUAGAGAACGAAGAAUUUACAAAUAACAUCGAAGAAAAUUAUCGAGAGAAAGCAAGAGAUCUUCUAAUCAGAAUGUCUGUAAAUUUUGUUCAAGAUUUUCUAGAGCAAAAAUUGGAAAACAGUAAAUCUUACAGGCAUACCACGCGUGCAGUUUGUAUGUGUGAGUAUGCGGAGAUGCAUGGAUUGCUACAUAUCUCCAUUAUCGAUUCUGGAAUUUCAGAAAGAGGAUUGAGGAACCAUUCCAACGAAUCAACAUAUAAUUUUGCAAACGUUGUUUAAAACUAUAUUGGAAACUAUUUUGAUGAUACAAUCGUAAUAAAUUGUGUGUCUGCAUGUGAUAAUAAAAAGAAC